AUGGACUCGAGCAUGAAAAAGAGAUUUAUUGAGCUUUUGAGCAUAUAUGGGUCUGAUUUCGAUGCAAUAGCAAGUACAAGUGAAUUAGAUGGGAUGACAAGCGAAAUGCUAUAUUCAAGGUAUCCGGAAAUUCUUGACACUUACUUCCUGAAAAACACGCCGCUUAACCAGGACGAGAUCAACUGGCUGCAGAUCAAGGAGAUCUACUAUAUGAACGAGAGGUUUUACUUUGAUGUUUUGGUUGGGGAGCUCUGCGGAUCCCAUGUGAUCAAGAACGGGAGGGAUCUUGAAGUUGGAAAAGAGCUGGUACUACUUCUAAAGGACUAUGAGUUCAAGCUACUAUCGAAGCUCAGCAUUCUGGACAGGCUCUACAAGAACUUGUACAGGGACGGGAUGCUGAGCGAAGAUCUAAGCAGGAAAAUAAGCAUAUCUUCUAGUAAAGCUAUGAAGAGAAGGAGCGAGACCGGGGCCUCUCCAGAUGUAGAGGGCUCGACGCCCAAGAAGAAACCUACUAGCAUAGCAGUUGUUGUUAAAAAUAGCCAGGAAAUGUCUUCUACUAAAGAUGAGGCUGAAGAUGAGGCGGACGCCAAGGAUGUAGAUCACACAGAGGAGCAGCACGAGGAGGUUGAAAGUGCUGCAGAGCAACAUUUGCCGGAUCCGAGGCCUCCAAGCAAAGAUAAGACUGUGAGGGUUGAUUACUCUGCAAUCCUCAGACUUUCAAGAGAGCAAAAGAAGUAA